UUUGAUUCAUGUCUUUCAAUAUCAGCCGAUCAUCGGCCUUUCAGUCAGGCUUUAUUAAUUAACAAGAGGAAAAUAAAACAUAAAUAGUAUAGAUUUCUCCAGAUAGAAUGGCUAUUGAAAGGGAUAUUUAUCAAAAAUUGUAAUAAAACAGAUGCUUAAACAUCAUAAAAAUCUUAAAGAUUUACGAGAAUUUAAUUGAGGUUGAAGAUAUACCAAUGACAUUAUUAUAAUUUAUGAAAAAAAGACAAGAAAUAUAAUUAGAGCUCUCAAUUUAAGAAAUAAAAUUAAUAAUGGCUUAAAUUAUUAAUGGAUAUUAAUAUUUACGAUCAUUAGGAAUUAUUCAUAGAAAUUUAAAUCCAUUAACAAUACUCGUUCAAUAAAUUAAAGGUAGAAUGAUUAUAAAAGUAUUUUCUAAAAUAUUCCUUAGUUAUCAGACUUUAGCGUGUCAAGUUUAUUGAAGAAUUAUUCAUUAGGAACAUCGAGAGCUGGUACGCCGGCUUAUUGGGCCCCUGAAGUGAUGUUUUAACCUUAAAAUGGGUAUGACGACACGUGCGAUAUAUUUUCUGUAAAUAUUUUAUCUAUUGUAAGUUAGGAAUUAUUUUACAUCAAUUAUGUUUUUAAACUUAAAUGCCUUCGGAAUUUAAUAAUGAAUUUGAGCUUCAAUAGUUUAUGAUGAAAUUACAAAAGCAGAAUUUCAAAUGUUAAAGAGUCAUAUAAGAUAUAGAAAUUGUUGAUUUGAUAGAGAGAAUGAUAGUUUAUGAGCCUCGGAAAAGGGUGAGUUGGGAUGAACUUGCUAAAAUUCCUUUUUUUAAAUCGCCUUAUCAUCUAUUAAAUAAUAGAUAUCUAAUUGACUUUACUCGAUAAUUGGGAAGUGGUAUGUAGGGAGUUAUAUUUUUAAUAUACGAUUUAAUGCAAUCUAUAGAAUUAUGUGCAAAAGUGGUUGAAACCAAUUCUUACGAGGGAGGUUUGGAACUCAAAAUUUAUUCAAAAUUGUUAACAAAUUCAAAUGAAAGAGAAAGAGAAAAUAUUAUUAAAGUUUUUGAUUUAAUCAAUGAUCAACACUAGACUUAUGUGAUUAUGGAGAAAUGCGAUGAAAAUAUUCAAUAAUAUUUUCAAAAAUAGAAAUCGAUAAGCAAUGAAGAAAUUCUGGACUUUUUAAAAUAAAUUAUAAUUGGUUAUAAGUAUUUGCAAGACCUAAAUAUAAUCCAUAGAGAUUUAAAGCCAGAAAAUUUAUUAAUAAAGUAUGAAGGUGGAAGAAAGAUUGUUAAGGUACACUUAUAUAUUUUGAAUUAGAUUAUUGAUUUUGGAGUAAGCAAGAUUUAGUAACCAUCAAAUUUAGCUAAGACUGUUGCGGGAACUCCAAUUUAUUCUGCCCCAGAAGUUCUUGAAUCCACAGGAAAGGGGUAUACAAAUAAAUGUGAUAUUUAUUCUGUAAAAAAAAAUACAAUAUGUAGUUAGGGACUAUGCUUUAUUAAUUUGUCUUUGGAUAAUUAUACUUUCAAGCAUAUACUUUAUAAGAAUUAAAAGAUUAUUAAAAGUCAUUAAAACUAAAACCAUUCAUCUGUACUAAGCAAUCUAGUAAUAAUUUUUUUAAUCUUAGUUUUCAAUAAUCUAAUAGAAAAAAUGUUAAUAUAUGAACCUGAGAGAAGAAUCUCUUGGGAAGAAUUACUAGCAGAGGUUGAAAAAUUAUAAUAAUAAUAAUAAAUUUUCGUGGAAAGAGAAUCUAUUUUAUAUGAUACAAUAUCACCUUCAAUACUCAAAUAUUUAGAUUGCAUUCAAAUAUUUUCAUCUAAAUUGGAAUAAGAAUUGAUAUAAUAUUUUUUAACGAAAGCUGAUGUCAUAAAAUAGUAAGUCUUAUAGCUAUUUUAUUUUUUACUCCUUUUUAGUUAAGCAGCAUUGCUGGACUGUCAAUAAAUAUUUUAAAAAUAGCACAUCUACAUAGGGAGCUACACCUUAAAGUAGGAAACAGAUACUAACAAAAUUAACGAAUAAAAAUUGCAAGGAUACAUAGAUAGUCUUUAAAUAAGUAUUGAAUCACUUUAGAUCAAUACAGACAAUUAUUUUGAGACAGCGAGACAGCAAUUGUUUGGCGAACUUGAAAAUAAGAAAAUGACAUGCUUUGAUAUACAUGAGUAUUACAAUCGUAUUUAUAAGUCUUAAAUACGCAAUUACGAAAAUGCUUCUUUGAAAUUGAGAUACUAUCUAGUGAAAAUGUCAAAUAUCUUUUUAGAUUAUCCAAUCAUAAAUAUUAAUUAGCACAAGAUCUUAUAUCCAUAGUUAGCGGAGAAGAUAAAGGAUGAAAAUGCUCAAAGAUAAUAUUUAGAAACAAAAAGGAAUAGUUGA